AUGGCGGAACACAGCAUUCGUCGAUGGGGUCGGGGGCGGUCGAAUCGAUCGGCUAGAUCCAAUAGAUCCAAUAGAUCGAGCCGUAGCAGACGGCGAGAGUUGGAAGAGGAAGAGAAAGAAUUCUCACCUGAACGAUCGGUGGACGAAGAAGAUGACAUCAUCUUGGGAGCAAGCAGCAUUGAUAUCCCCGUGGAUUCCAUCAUUUCUCCCGUGAGCUCGGAAGGUGGAUGCGGAGAUGACAACUACUUUGUGACUUCGCCACCGAAACGAUCAGGCUUGACAGGAAGCAUCUCGACUCUGUUUCGACGUGUAGCAUCCCGCGAACGUACUCGCAGCAGCCGCAGCGGUCGAAACAACAAGGUGAACAAGGCCGAAUCUGAUAUCUCGGAUAACGACUCCGAUGACAACCACAAGGAUGACGAUGGCAAUUCGACUGAAACAGAAGUGGCCAAUCGCAAAAGCGGUUCUGACACGAAAAAGAGCAGUCGAGGAGGAAAACGACGAACUUCUUCCAAGCAAACGGCCAGCGAUCUCAUUUCCUCCAGUUCCUCGUCACAAGAAGAUGAAGACGGUGCGAGUUUGGAACAUAGUACCGGUUCGGCAAAUAACAAGGCCAGGGACUCAUCAAAGAGAGACAGCGGUAGACGAAGCAGGACUCGCUCACGACCCGAUCGAGGCAGGUCAAACCGCAAACCAAGAAUCUAUUCGUCGUAUACUGACGACGAAUCCGACGAAGAAGAGGGUCAAUCCUUGGACACAGAUCGUCGAUCCGCCAGGAGUGGACUUGCCAGCCCGGUCACGACGACUAGCAACAGUGAGUUUCUCGAGUCCGAGUCCAUGGACGAAAACGAUCCUCGAAGAAGAAUGAAGCGAUAUAGAGGAUUCUCCACCUCUAUUGCAUCCCUCUUCCUAGAUGAGUCGUUGGUGUGUACCAGCAUUGGAUGCUUUGGAUUGAUUCUCUCGAAUCGAACCGAGUAUCUACUUCAAGUGAGGGAUCAUAUCCGUGGAGUGAAACCUUCCAAAAAGAAUCAGUCCGUCGACAAGCGUUCGCCAAGCAAAGUUUUUUCCUACCUCCUUUUGGCGACUAUUGUUCUGAUCUUCCUCACAUUUGUAAUUUGGGGAUUCGGCAAUGGAAAUGCUCUGGCAGCAGACCUCAGCAGCAGUGGAGGUUCGGAUGAUGGAGAGGUGGGAAAUGAAAAUGAUGACGGCUAUUAUUAUUAUGAUUCUCGAGACCAAAACGAUGCAGAGCAGCAACAAGAUGACUAUUGGCGAAACUAUCAAGACCAGUACAAUGGUCAAGUAGACGACCAAGCCAAUGGAGACGACCAAGCCAACGGAGACGAUGCUAAUGGUGGUAACGUUGACGAUGGAUAUGCCGCCAAUGAUGACGGAGCGGCAAACGAUGACGCGGCGGCAAACGAUGAUGGCGGGGAUGACUACUAUGCUGCAGACGACGAUGGCAACAGGCGCGAACUGAAAAGAACUACAGAGAUGAUUCCUUUCGUUCAUGGGGUCGACCGAAACUACCAUCGACACCGAGCCACCGGAGUCUUCAAGCUGCGAGACUGUCAGGAACACAUGUGGGAUCCAAUUUCACAGUUUGCCAACGACCAAUGGGAACGAGAGGCUCAUUCGACUAGAACUUUGGCGGAUGCUUACACCGAUGACUUUGAUUCUUUUGACUACGACGAGGCAGAACGAGAUUUAGCCACCGACAUUCGUACUGCUCUGUUCUUGACCUUCUUGCUGUUCCUCGGCGUGCUCGGAAGGCGCAGGAGGAUGAGAACACGAUUCCAACUUGUCCGCGCAAGGACUCAAGACGACCGUCUUUAUCAAGUCGCUCACUCAGGAAGGAGUCGGCACAUGUCCAUGAAAGAUGAACUCGAAGAUAAGGCCUAUGAGGUAGCCUGUAGUCACACUAUUCUCGGUUGCUACCCGACCGAUCCGCCCGAUGACGGUGAUCCCGGUGAAGAGGAGCUCGGUGUGAAUGAUCAGGGCAUAACAACGACCCGCAAGAAAGCACCCAAACACGAAGACUUUGUUUCACGAGGAUUCGCGUAUUUGAUGUCUGCUUGUUGUGGCUACUGUUGCAAAUGCUGGUUCCAGUGUCUUUCGGUUUGCGCGUUGGCUCAAGAAGCACGUGAGAUGAGGUUGCUACUGCCGCCAAGGUACCAGCGUAUUGAUUUCAUCACGCAUCAACCAUUCUCUGAGUACCAAAAAGACGUGAAUGAGCUGAGGCGUGGUUGGAUGGGCAAGAAGCGCAAGAAAUCUGGUUUCAUUCCUCAUUACAAUGCUCUCAGUCGACUUAGUCGCUACAUAUUGUUCACGGCAGCAAGCGCUCUGCUCGUGAUCGUGGCCACUUUACUUUUCAAUCCAAGAGCUGCAUUUUCAUGGCCCGAUGCGGUAUUGCUUUUGGCAACGUUUUUGCAGAGCUUUCUCGUCCUGUAUAUUGUCCAUUGGAUCUUUCACAAGAGCGAUUUGAGCUUGGAUGCCGUUAUCAAGUUCUUUGCAGCGGGAUUCGUCAUUGCAGUACCGUCGGCCGUGUUCUUUGAAGGGCUUCUUGUGAACAUCAUCUUGAUGUCUGCCUGGGCUGUCUACGAAUUGUUCCAUUCACUCAUUGGAGAAACAUUUGCCUCCUUCAUGGCAUCGAAUUAUAGGGUCAUUUGGGUGCUUGGCGAACUCUUCAAUGCAUACAUCGUGGCAGCCGUGACCGAAGAGCUUUGCAAAUACUACACCUUCCGAUCAGUCGAGCACCCUGAUCUCAUAUUCCUGACCGGGCUUGACCGAAAAUCCCACGACGAGCAUGCCGCGGAUGGAGGUCUCAUUGCAUAUCCGUUUGCAUCUCACAAAGUCAGUAACCUUGCACGGAGCAAGUCAUUUGACACGCAAAGGUCGGAGGAAGAGAAGCUCAAGAGGAUGCUUCCGUCCAACAACACUGCCGAAGAAUUCUACGAGGACGAAAACGAUGUCCGCACGUACAGGCAGAAAGCAGCAGCUGUGACAACCGGAAUGAUCAGUGUUGCUGUAGGUCUCGCUUGCGCCGAAAACAUGAUGUAUGUCUUUCUCCUUGGUGGGGCCAGAGGUAGCGCCAAUGCUGAGCAUCGCGGAGACGUUUACGAAGAAUGGAUUGUCCUCCUCUUCCGUUCAGUCUUCCCCAUUCACGCGCUGGCCGCGGCUCUGCAGAGCGUCAAUAUGGUACGAAAGUUUGUUGAGGGCUCAAAUCACAACAAUCAUAGGAUAGGAGUUGGCCGAAUCGUUCUCCCGGCCGUCAUUUUGCACGGUACCUUUGACGCUAUCCUCAUGGGAAUCAACGUGUACGUUGAAUCUGCAUGGGACGCUUACCUGGAAGAGAACGAGGGAAGAGUUGGAGAAGGCGAGCCCUACAACCCGACAACAGUGAACUUCGCUGCCUGGUGCAGCAUCUGCAUGGUGACACUGAUCGGGUUUAUCUGGUACAUCCGAGAGAACCGAGCACAGCAUUUGCGGCUGAUUUUGCUAGAAGAAGAGGAGUGCGAAGAUCAGGCUUCUUACAUUAGUCCUCCAAGCAUCGCACACAGCAGCAAUAGAGAGCGAACUAGGUCGUCGCAAAAGCUGCGGAAUGUGUGA